GACGCGCUUCCUGCCGGAGACAUGGCGGCGGCUGCUGGCGUCGGGGUCGUGCGGCGGCGGGUGGCGUGCGCUGUGUCUGGGGGCGUGGACAGCGCCGUGGCCGCGCUCCUGCUGCGCCGCAGAGGCUACGAGGUCACCGGCGUGUUUAUGAGAAACUGGGACUCCCUGGACGAGCACGGCGCAUGCUCCGCGGACAGGGACUGCGAGGACGCGGCCCGCGUGUGCCGCGUGCUGGACAUCCCCUUCCGCCAGGUGUCCUUCGUCAAGGAGUAUUGGCACGACGUGUUCACGGACUUCCUGAAUGAGUACGAGAGAGGGCGGACCCCGAACCCCGACAUCCUGUGCAACAAGCACGUCAAGUUCAAGGCCUUCUUCCGCUAUGCCGUCGGCCAGCUGGGAGCCGACGCGAUGGCCACCGGACACUACGCCCGGACGUCCCUGGAGGACGAGGACGUGUUCGAGCAGAAGCGCGCGCCGAGGCCCGAGGGGCUCUUCCGGAACCGCUUCGAAGCCAGGGACGCCGUGAAGCUCCUCCAGGGGGCCGACUCCGCCAAGGACCAGACCUUCUUCCUCAGCCAGGUGCCCCAGGAGGCCUUGCGCAGGACCCUCUUCCCCCUGGGGGGGCUCACCAAGGGCUUCGUGAAGAAGAUGGCGGCGGAGAACGGCCUGGGGCACGUGCUGCAGAGGAAGGAGAGCAUGGGCAUCUGCUUCAUCGGGAAGCGGCACCUGGAGAGCUUCCUGCUGCAGUACUUACGGCCUCGCCCGGGGAACUUUGUGUCCGUAGAAGACGGCAGGGUCUUGGGAACGCACCGAGGCUGCUUCCUGUUCACGCUGGGCCAAGGCGCUAAGCUGGGGGGCCUGAGAGAUCCGUGGUACGUGGUGGAGAAGGACGUGAGCAGCGGGGACGUGUUUGUGGUGAGCGUGCGUGGGCGUGACACGCGUGGGGGUGGGGAGGCGUGGGCUGGCCUUCUCCUGGAUGGGGCCCUCGAGUUUACCGGGGGACGCGGGAGGCCCGGGGGUGAGGCCUGCCCCGCCGCGGGCUGCUUGUCGGCCCACCUUGCGCCGCGCUCUCCCCAGGCCCCGGGCCCCGACCACCCUGCCCUCUACCGGGACCUGCUGCGCACCGGCCGCGUGCACUGGAUCGCCGAGGAGCCCCCGGCCCGGCUGGUCCACCGCAAGAUGAUGGAGUGUCACGUCCGCUGGCGGCACCAGAUGGAGCUAGUGCCCUGCGUGCUGACGCUCAAUCAGGACGGCAGCGUGUGGGUGACCUCCGUGAAGCCGAUGAGAGCCCUCGCCACGGGCCAGUUUGCUGUGUUCUACAAGGGCGAUGAGUGUCUGGGCAGCGGGAAGAUCAUGAGACUGGGGCCUUCGGCCUACACGCUGCAGCUGGGAAGGAGGCGGGCUGCGCUGACCAGCGAGGCCUCGGAUGGCGGUCAGGGCCUCGGCCCCCCCGCGGAUCCCACCAGCUGAGCCUCCGGGGAGGGGCCCCGAGGACGGUCCAGGGUGGAUGCUGGGUGGUCCUCCUAAGGCCCCGCCACCACAUGGGGCAGCCAGUUAUUAGAUGCAGGGGCCAGGAGGCUCACCCCUGGGGCAGAGCAUGGCUGUGGAGAAAGCUGGGCUGCGGUCUGUGCUGGGGGAGGUCCUGGGCUGUGCCUGGACGGGGCUGGCUCCUCCGUUUCCUUCGCCCCUGCCAGGGUGGGGUGCCGGUGUGACCAGAGCUCUCUGGGGCCAGGACUGUGGGCAGGUGCCCAGAGGAGCCCCAGGAGCUGGCAGCCAGCGAGACCCUGGCAGCAGGGGGAGCCGGUGUUGAGCCAGCCCUGCGUUGGGGGCCUCAUCCCGGGUGUGGAGUUGGGUCUGACUCCCCCGACCCCGUUCGGGGUUUCCUCGGCCCAGACGCUGGGUGGUCUCGAGCCCGUUUUGGGGAUUAGGAGAUUGAGGCAACCAGAGUGAAGCAGCUUGCCCAGGAAGACUGGAUUUGAAUCCAGGUCCAGCGCUGUAACCACUGGGCCCCCCAGCUGCUGCCCUGCUUGGGCCUAGAGACAUAAUAAAAGGUGGAACAGGA